AUGUGGCAAAUUCCAUACGAUUGUUCUUCUAGUGGCAUCCGCUUGAGCUCUUUUCUCGCCAUUACAGAUCAAUUAUAUACUCGGUCUCAUGGAUUUGGGUCCAUAGACGUAAGCAAACAAGAGGUCGGCCUAGACUCAUUGCUACUUGUCCGCCUGCUACAGCUACAAUCACCAUCAGCUUUACCUAUCAUUCAAGCCAAUAUUUUUCCAAAAGCUGACCAUUCAGGUCAAUCAGUUCUUUCACCAUUUGUGGAUUUUUUAUUUCCAGUAAAGAUUUCAGGUUCACUAGGUGGU